AUGGCAGCCUCCUCCUCGCGCAGGAUUUGGUUGGCGCAGGGGACACUAGAGUUGCUGCUCGUCAGAGCCAAGGGCCUCGAGAACACCGAUUACCUGAGACUUGACGAGGAGGCUGUUGUGAGGAAACAACCUUGUGAGGCAAGAACAGUUGGUGAAGCAAAGAAUUGCAUUGGAGCUAUUGAUGGCACACACAUUCCUAUUACCAUUUCUCAAGAAAAGGCUGCUCCUUAUAGGAAUAGAAAGGGAUCUGCCACAGAUGCUAGGGUUCUUAGGUCUGCACUACUUGGAGGUUUUCAUGUUCCUCAGGGAAAAUUCUUUCUUGUUGAUGGUGGCUAUGCUAAUACACCAUCCUUCCUUGCACCCUAUCGUGGUGUCCGAUACCACUUGAAAGAGUUUGGUCGUGGUCACCAACGACCAAGAAACUACAAGGAGUUGUUCAAUCAUCGUCAUGCCAUAUUGCGGAAUCACAUAGAGAGGGCAAUUGGAGUUAUGAAGAAACGCUUCCCUAUCUUAAAAGUAGGAACACUGCAUCCUAUUAAGAACCAAGUGAAGAUACCAGCGGCAGCAGCGGUGUUCCACAAUCUUGUCCGAAUGCACAAUGGGGAUGAUGGGUGGCUCAAUGACCAACCAAACAACAUAUCACCUGAAGAAUUUGUUGAUCUUCCCGGAGGAGACAAUGAGUACAACAAUGAUGUCGUGUCACUUAGCAGUCAAAUAAAUAAUAGAAAUUCUGUUAGAGAUAUGAUUGCCAUGCAAAUGUGGGGCGAUUAUAGUCAUAACUAG